CUUCCGGGACCCCUCCAUUCCCCCCCCCCCAUCACAAGAAGAAAGAUGGCGCCUGUUUAGCGCGCAGACAUGGGCGACUGCGCACUGUGUUUACGGCAAGCGGAGGCGUUGAAGGCGGACAUGGCGGAUGGCUCGUUGAGCGCCGCUGACGUGUGGACGUCCCGCCAGAACCUGCAGGACGUCUACCAGAAGAUGCUGCUCACUGACCUGGAGUACGCGCUCGACAAGAAGGUGGAGCAGGACCUGUGGAACUACGCCUUCAAAAACCAGAUCAGCAGCCUCCAAGGCCAGGCGAAGAACAGAGCUAACCCCAACCGUGGGGAGGUGCAGACCAACCUGGGGCUCUUCCUGGAGGCGGCCAGUGGCUUCUACACACAGCUGCUGCAGGAGCUGUGCGUGGUGUUUGAGGUGGACCUGCCCUGCCGCGUUCGCUCCUCCCAGCUGGGCCUGGGUAUCGGACCGCCGCCGCCUAUGGAGCCGGCCAUCGUGAAGCCGCAGCCCAACUCCUGCCUCUACAUCUGCCAGCACUGCCUCGUCCACCUGGGAGACAUCGCUCGUUACCGCAACCAAAUCAGCCAGGCGGAGUCAUACUACAGGCACGCUGCGCAGCUGGUGCCUUCUAAUGGCCAGCCGUACAAUCAGCUGGCGAUCCUGGCAUCGUCGCGCGGAGACCACCUCACCACCAUCUUCUACUACUGCCGGAGCAUCGCUGUGCGCUUCCCCUUCCCGGCGGCCGGCACCAACCUCAGCAAGGCCCUGUCCAAGGCCAUCGAGGGGAGGGAGGAACCCAAGGUGAAGAUUGGGCUGCUGGAUUUUCUGAAGCUGUUCAUCCGCUUCCACGCUCACGUCUACCUGGGCAAGAGCCUGGACCGCCUCGUCACGCUCAGCCACAAGCUGGAGGAGGCGUUCAAGGGGCUGCUGGCCGUCAGGGCGCUCUCUGCCCAGCAGCUGGUGCACCUGGUGGUGGUGACGCUCUUCCAGAUGCACCACCUGCGUGAGGGUGGCGGCGGCGGCGCCGUCGAAGAGCAGCAGCCCGAGGCCGAGCAGCAGCAGCAGCACGAUGGUGACGACGACGACGAUGAGACGCGGUGGACAAACGCGCUCACACUCUACAGCGCCCUGCUGGACGGGUUGUGCCGCUACGCGGUGCUGCCGGCCAAUGAGGAGGUGCGGGCGCCGUCAGCGCUGCCGGCCGUGAAGGUGGCGUUGGAGUGGCUGGGGGCCCGUCCGGUGGUGGUGGAGCACCGAGCACUGCAGCAGCACUGCCAGCUAUGGCCCAGUUUGGCGCGGCUUCUCAACAGCCUCCAAUCGGCACCAAACGACCUCGACGGCACCGACGCCCAGUCCAGUGCCCCCCUGCCAGAGGAAUUUGAGCUGCAGGGCUUCCUGGCUCUCAAGUGCGACACGAGGGCUCUGGAGUUCACGCGGGGUCACCAGGGCGUGGCCACGGAGAAGGACGGCCUGCAGCAGCGCGUACGCCGCUUCCGCAUCUGCGCCCUGGGCAGGAGGCUCGCGCUGGCGCACCCCAGCGUUCUGCAGUGCACCAUUGAGAACGGGCUGCUCAAGUUCAGCUCGCCCGUGCCCGAGAUGAUCGUGGACGAUGUUCUGUCGCGGGCGGCGGUGGCGACGACGACGACGCCGCCGCCAAUACCGGCGGCGGCGGUGGUGGUGGCAGAGGAGGAGGAAGAUGAGGAGGAGGAGAGGGACGAGGACGGGAGGGGCACGACGGCGCCAGCCCCUGCGGACGACGAUGCCGAGGCCAAGCGGGAGACUCCGGCGGCCCCUCUGACGGCCACGCCGCGACACCGGGGACCGACGGGCGCCUCGCCGGACGUCCCGGAGAGCCUCGAGACCCCCGACGUCGCCAGCAGAAGCCCUUUCAGCAAGCCUUGGGGCUCCAGCAUCCACUCGCCGGCACUGGGCAGAGACCGCGGGGAGACGGAGGGCGGCAGGGUGGUGGUGGUGUGUGAGCGAGCCGGAGGAGGAGGCGGACACAGCCCCCGGUUUGACCUGCCCUGGGCAGAGUCGAGGCGGCGCUGUGGCGGAGACACGCGCAGACACAACGUGGCCGUGCAGAAGGCUGUGCCGCAGCCUGCUCCUCCGCUGGUGGCGGAACACCAGAAGCCUCAGCCGGUGCAGCCGGGCCUGGGACCCCUGGCUUCGGCACCGGUUCCCCCCACGGUGGCGUUCCCACCAGCACCGCCGCUGCCAUCUACACUGCACGCGCCGGGCAGCUUCCCGGCCCUGCCAGGGCGACCGGACCACCCGGCCCAGCCCUUCGCAAUGCCACUGCCGCAGCAGCAGCAGCCGGCGCCGGCGUCGGCAGUGUCGCUCUCCUACCCGGUGGUGCCCGGUUUCCCCUACAGCGCCGGCAGUGGGGCCGGGGCACCGACCGGAACGGCUCCGUUGCUGGCGCCAUUCAUGCAGGCGCCGCCGGGUGCCCACAGCCCGACGGGGAAGCCGUCGCACGUUCCCUACAGCCAGCAGCGCGUGGCCGGCACCGUAGGGAACGGGGCGGCGGCGGCUGCCGCUGCGUUGGCGGCGGCCGCGGCCGUGGUGGCCCCGCCACCGCACUCCCCCGGUGCGGGACGCGCUGGCUCCCCGGCCGUGCAGUCCCUGGCCGACAGCCAAGCUCAGAACUGGCCCCAUUAUGGCGGGAAGACUUUACACCCACUCUCCAUGCAGCAGCAGCAGUUGGUUCAACAGCAGCAGCAGCAGCACUUAGUGCAACAGCACCUUGCUCAGCAACAGCAGCUGCAGCAGCAACAGCAUCAGCUCUUUCAAAAGAGCCCUCUGGUUAAUCUGCUGUCGCAGAUCGCAAACCUUCACCAUCAGCAGCAGCAGCAUCCACUUCAUCACCAGCAGCAGGUGGAUAAAUCGGCAGGGCGGAUGAAGACGUACGGCACGCGGCUCGGGGUGACGGAGCCGCCCUGCGACUCCUCCAGCAGGCCCUGCGUCUGGGAGUCCGCCUACGGGCUUUCCGGGCAGUGGGGGGUGCCCCUGCAGCAGGGGUCGGGCCAGCCCGGCCACGGCGGCAUGAAGCCGCCGUCGAUGGACAUGGACACGUACGACGUGCGGGCCAUGGAGAGCGAGCGCGAGACCUUGGUUGGCGCCAGCACCAACGCCGUGGGUGGCGGCGGCGGCGGUGGGCGUCCCGACUUCUGCCAGGCGCCAGGAGCUCCCGUGGUCAAGACGAACUUCAUGGGGGGACGGAUGCGGCAGGACCAGUCUCCCGAGCGCCAAGGGAUGCCGGCUCCCUUCCCAACAUCGUUUGGGGGUGGCGGCGGCGGUGGCGGCACCGCGUUUACGCAGAUGCACACCGUCUUCAGUGAGCCAUACGGCAAGCGUGGUGAGGGCGGCAUGGGCCUCACCUCCAACUCCUGCUCCUCAUCGGCAUCCUCGUCAUGCCGGCCCAGCCUCCUCUCCGACAUCUCGCGCCCGUACACGCUGUUCGACUCCAAUUCCUGGUCGCCAGCAUUCGGCAACUCCGAGCACUCCACCCCGGCGAGCCAGUCACCCCAGAGCUCCCAACCCAGCUCCCCUCCGCCGCCCUCCUCCAUGUUUGGGCCGAUCGGCACCCUGGAUCCCACAGACCGCCGGGCUACCACCUCCGCCACCGCCGACCGCUGGAACGGGAAGAGGCCAGAGAAGCCAGGAGCGGCGAGUGGCUACGGGCUGGAUUACCUCCCAUCGGACGCCACGUGGCCCCCACCUCCACGCGUCCUCCCAUCUCAGGCGCUGCACGCGACAUCCCGUGGUGGCGGCGGCGGUGCCGCGCCAUGGAUGGGUGUCCAACACGCCAGCGAGCCUCCUCCCAGCCUUGCUGACAACCUCAAGUCGCUGUGGUCGAACUCGGUGAUGCAACCGGGGCCGCUGGCGCUGGAGCAGCUGCUGAUGCAGCAGAAGCAGAAGCAGUUCAACCUGGGCCAGUCCAACCCUCCACACUGAAGGGACGCGCCCCCAUCUCGCUCGGAAUAGAAACCCUCGGCAGCGCCAGCGGCGGAAAUCCGCGGCGGCGGUGGCGGUGGCUGCCGCAGCCGCUCUUUGGAUGGAGUGGCGAAAGGGAGCCAGCCUCCCUCGCUUCCCUCCACCUCUUCCACCGAAAAAUUUGGGAAACCAAAAAUUUAACUAAAUAAAUGUAAGCCGGCAAUUUCGGCCAAACGCCAUCGCUGGCGCCGGCAAACGUCGCCAUCUCUUAGACGCAACGCCGGACCGGCGCCCAGCCGACGAUGCCGAUUCGCCGGCGUGCGUGUGUGUCCGUUCGUCGGCCGAUCGCUCUCUAAAAGCCCGCCAGCCAGCCGACCAUCCGUCACGCCACGUAGGUUGGGUUGGCGCUGACCAUCUCCAGCCGCUGGGGAAGCCGGCGUAGAGUCGGCGAUGGCUUACCGGUGCGUGGAAGCCGCGGUCUCUCCGCGUACCCUCGUUUAUUUUAAUUUUAUUAUUUUUUCUCUCGUUUUGACCACGCUGCUCCCCUGGCUGUUAUCGUGAGGACCCGAAGGAAGCGGGAAAGGGGAGGGGGGCGGUGGGGGAGAGAGAGCAGAAAAAAGGGAACUCCGCCAACCGCUUGGUAGAGACAGUGGGUUGGCAGCAGCAGCAGCUGCGUUUCCAUUGUGCCGUUUGAGUCUUUUUGUCGUGGGCGAGGGUGGGCACACUUGCACACCACCUGUGCGAGGGUGGAUGGCACGCACAGCACCGGGGGCGCGGUGUGUCGAGGAGGAGGGGGUGGGCGACACGCAGGACCGGAUUGCGGGGGGGGGACGGAGCGGCUGAUCGCCGAGAGCCGCCCACGGGUGUCCCGACAUACUCCCGAAUCCACGCAGUCCACUUUGGGUUUAUAAUUGCGCCCCCCCCCCACCCAGCGUGUUCCAGAUGACAAGAGGAGGAUUUCCAGAUCCGAGUAUCCAGAUUCGGGUAUCCAGAUCCGGUUAUCCAGAUCGCGCGCCUCUGGGAGGUUGGUGGGUCAAGCAGAGAAUUUGGCGUGCGAGGGACGGCCCUCACAGCUCAGGGCUUGUGGCCCGCUGCAGGCUGCUGAAGCCAUCUGCUCAGUGCGCUUCUUGAGUGCUUUUUCCUCUCCUGUAAGCGGGGCUUUCUCCGGCCACCCCCUCCGAUUUUAAACCACCGCCGCCCGAACAACAACAAACAAUGUUAAUACAAAAAUUGGCUAAGACAUACCAAGCAGGAGGGGGGUGGGGGACCCCACUUCUAAAGUAGCCUUGAGACUUGACAAUACAAUUGGUUGAUUCGAGGAAUAAUCUCUGGGGCCUUUUGAUAAUGCACUGCUGGUCUCCCUCCUCCCCCCUUGCCAUGCCAGCCAUGGCGAUGGGUUUGGGAAAUCUAGGGGUGGGAGUGUGGGGAGA